AUGCAGCGGAAACUCUUUUCAGCACAAUCCUUUUGCUGUAGUGAGGUGCCCUGCUGCUGUUCUUCCUCCUCUGCCCCCCUAUCUGUCCUCCUCUUCCUUCUCCUUGGCCCGCUGGUCGCCUCGCGAAGCUCGGAGAGCCUGCCGAGGAGCUGGGCCAGCACAGCACGGCGUGGAGCAGGUCAGGAGGAGGCCCCGUCCGGAGAGGAGUUGGGGCCAGAGCUGACCUCUCCACCGCGUGCCCCAUCCGCGGAGUCGCGGGCACGCCUCCUCGCCAGAGCUGUCCUCUCAUUCGGCUGCUGCGCACAGAAACAGAGACAGAGAGAGAGAGAGCCGUCCUCGGCCUGCCCGUCGAGGAGCCUCCUCGGGGUGGCUCAGGGAUCCGGCCCUGGCAGGCUCAAGCUGUUGCCGCAGCUGUAUCCAGCGAUCGGAGUGCUUGGCACACUCGAGCCCUCUGGCCUCCUCUCC